AUCUCGCACCUUUUCAAUGUCGCCCACACUCUGCGACUGAUGGUUCAGAAGGAACGAAGCUUGGACAUCCUGAAGGGUAAGGUGAUGGCGUCCAUGUUCUACGAGGUGAGCACUCGCACCAGCAGCUCGUUCGCGGCGGCCAUGCAGCGUCUGGGCGGCUCCGUGGUUCACUUCAGCGAAUCCACGUCCUCCGCGCAGAAAGGAGAGUCUCUGGCCGACUCCGUGCAGACCAUGAGCUGCUACGCCGACGUGCUGGUGCUGAGACACCCGACCCCCGGAGCUGUGGAGGUGCGUCUCUCACUUAGCACGUUUGUGAAGACGAUUUGCUAUUGA